AUGAUGCCCGGCAGGAUUGGAAAUAUAUCACUGGCCAAUGAGAAUCCUUUGGGAUUAUCAUGGCAUGAUUCAGCAUGGAUACCGUUAUUGAAUCCAUCCAAUAUUAUGGAUUAUUUUUCAGAAAGAUCUAAUCCAUUUUUCGAUCGGACAUGUAAUAAUGAAAUUGUUAAAAUGCAACGUUUAAGUAUGGACCAGUUGCAAAAUAUGACUGGAUUAGAAUACAUUUUAUUGCAUGUUCAAGAGCCAAUUCUCUAUGUUGUGCGUAAACAACACAGGCAUAGCCCAACACAAGCAACACCUCUUGCAGAUUAUUAUGUGAUUGCUGGUAUUGUUUAUCAGGCUCCUGAUCUCGCAAGUGUUUUGAAUUCUAGGCUGCUGUCAGCUGUUCAUCAUCUUCAGUGCUCUUUUGAAGAAACCAUGUCAUAUUCAAGAUAUCACCCCAGUAAAGGAUAUUGGUGGGAUUUUAAACCUACUAAGCCUGGGUUAGGAUCUUACAAUUCUAGUCAAACAGCACCGAAAGAUGUUUCAAGUACUCCAAAAGAAGAACCUUCAACUCUAUUCCAGCGGCAGAGAGUUGAUAUGCUAUUAGCAGAACUUGUGAGGCAGUUUCCAUUACCUGUUACUCAAACUGCACCAAAUCAGGCAAAUGGAGUGACAGUGAAGACUGAAGUCUCCAAUGACAAAAAUGAAAAAGGAAUGGAAGGGAAUCUUAACAAUAUAACUAUUAAACAAGAGCCUGUGGAUCCCACAACAUCUGAAAUGACAAAUGGGUCAAUGCAAGGUCAAAUUGAAAUAAAAACUGAAAUUAAACAGGAAAACAUGAAACCACCUCCUGAGAAAAAACCAAGGAAUUUAUAGUUGGUGUACAAAAUAAGUGUUUAUUAAUAUUAUUAAAAAAGUGAAUUAACGAUAAAGCUUUUUAUUGCUCUUUUAAAUUGUUGAUCAAUUCCAGGUUCUUCUCUUGCUGUAUGUUGUACAG